GCUCACCGGAAGCAGUUUGCAGUGAGAGUUACUUUCUGUUCAAAUUGUUGAAUGUCUCGUUGCGCACAUGAUUUAACUUCUUUAACUCACCCUCGUUACCUCCAAACGUAUUGUAAUCAAAGUCAUGUCGGAGUGGUAAACGACGUGGAAAGAACGGAAAGAGCGCGAUCAUGGCCAUCGCCCACGUGGCCACCGAGUACGUGUUCAGCGACUUCCUGCUGAAGGAUCCCAACCAGGCCCGAUACCGCAGCGUGCGCACCGAGAUGGCGGUGGACAAGAUGGUGACAUGCGUGGCCGUGGGUCUUCCUCUCCUGCUCAUCUCGCUGGCCUUCGCGCAGGAAGUCUCCGUCGGCACUCAGAUCAGCUGCUUCGCUCCCAGCAACUUUUCGUGGAGACAGGCGGCGUACGUGGACUCGUUCUGCUGGGCGUCGGUGCACACGCACAAGCUGCCUCUGUGGCUGCACAAGUUUUUCCCGUACAUCCUGCUGCUGGUGGCCAUGCUGACGUACAGCCCGGCUCUGUUCUGGAGGUUCUGGUCGGCGCCGCUGCUGCAGUCGGACCUGGGCUUCAUCAUGGAGGAGCUGGACCGGUGCUACAACCGAGCCGUCACGCUCGCCAAGCGCAUGACCACCGCCGGGGUGCCGGGAGCCGACAGCUGCGGCGACCCGACGGAGGGCUGCUUCAACUACCCGCUGGUGGAGAAGUUCCUGAUGACCAAGCGCUGCUCCCGCUCGCUGCUGGGCCGCUACCUGCUGUGCCGAGGCCUGACGUUGGCCACGCUGCUGUGCGCCUGCCUCUACCUGGCCUACUACCUGCGCUUGGCCUCGCCCACCGACGACUUCGGCUGCCCGCUGCAGGUGGGCCUGCUGGCCAACGACUCGUCCGUCCCGGAGAAGGUGCAGUGCAAGCUCGUCGCCGUCGGGGUCUUCACGCUGCUCAGCCUGGUCAACUUGAUCAUCUUCUCUGCGCUGAUCCCUGUGGUGAUCUACGCCAGUCUCCGCCCACUGCUGUGUCACCGCUACGCCCACUUCCUGGAAACCUACCAAUUGUUGCCCACGGUCAGCGUCCUGCCGGCGCCCAGCGGCCAAUGGGACGACCUCUCCCUCUAUCUGCUCUUCCUGCAGGAGAACAUCAGCGAGCUCAAGUCCUACAAGUACCUCAAGGUGCUGGAGCUGCUGAAGAAAGGAGGAGAAUGCUCGGGUGAGGACUUUGACGCCAUGGGGCUGCUGCAGACGCUGUGUCUCGUCAAGAUGGACACGGUGGACGCCAAGAAAGUCGCGGCGGCCAAACCCCAUCGGCUCGUCGUCCGCGAGGACGUGUCGGACGAGAACCGCGGCGCCGGGACGGGAACUGAGAUGAAGGAGUUGACUCCCAUGUUGCCAGGCAACGGCGACGUGACUGGCGGCAGAACGCACAGCGAGGACGGGGCUCUGCGGCAGCGAGCAAUGUGAUUGGCCGCUGACUUUCCCAUCAGCGUCACGUGAUGUCAUCCUAUUUGCAUAUCCAUCCAGCUCAUUUGCAUGUUAUUUCUAUACUUUGUGUGUGUGUGCUGCCUUGCUCAGUUAUUAUGGGAUGUACCACUACCAUCAUGUGGCCAUAAAUGACACGAUGACAUCAUCAGAACGAGACGUGACGCAUUUAUUUGCACAGUUUUUCUGUAUUUGACUGUUAUGGUGGUUGUGAAGCAAUUUCCUCGUGUGUAAUAUUCAUAAUGAUAUAAUAAUUAACACUGCAUGGAACGACUCCUGUUGUUUUGGUGCAUCUUUUCUACUGGCCACGUGAAUGUAAGAAAUGUAUUUAAUACACCCAUAAAGUUGUUUUGUGUCAUUCUUGCACGUUUUGGAGGUCUUCUCAGGAAGACUUUUUCCAAGUGGUACGGUACAUUUUGUGCUCUGUGAUUCUAAAUAUGUAUUUUUAUUAUGUUGUAUGUCCUUUUGGAAAAUAAAGUCGCUGCGUAAGCGCUUUGUCUCUUAA